CAAAAUCUACUACAGAGAGAGACAGGGACAUAAUUGAAAUGGAGAAGAAAGCAGAGGACAAAAAAGUAAAUACGGAAGGGCUUCCAAUAGAAACCAGUCCGUACACGCAGUCGAAGGAUGUUGAAGACUACAAGGAGCGUGGCUACGGCACCCGUGGCCACCUCACCCCCAAAUCCGGCCCCCCCGCCGCCGGUUCCACCGAUGCUCCUACACGCGCCACCACCGCCGCCGCCGCCGAUACCACCAAGCUUCCCGAAGCUGAGCUCUCUACUGCAACUGAUCACCCCACCCUUAAAUAGCUUGUCUCGUAUUCUGUUCUGUUCUCUGUGUAGUAUUUAUUUACUUAUUACCCUCUGUUUGUUUUAAAAAUAAUACUGGGCUUCAAGUAUAUUUGUUUUUAUUUCUAAUUAUAUUAUUAUUAAUUAAAAAUUAUUCUAUACCAUAUGUA